AUGGAACUCCAGCUGCUUGACUCAGAUGAGGAUCUGUACAAAGAACCGUUCCAAGCCAGUUAUCCUUCACCGGAGAGCAGCAAUCAAACCACAGCCACGCAUCACUGCGGAGCCGCUCGCGCUCCAUGUGCUCCCCGAAACAUCAUUCCGACGGUUCCCAUCAGAUCCCCAGCCACAUCCCCACCAAGAAGAUCUGUAGACCAAAGGAGCUACAAUCUUAACAACCUAAUCUGCUCUCCACCACGCCGCUCUCACCGAUCAGCCACGGGCAAUCUAACUAGCCGCGGCGUAGCCUCGCUGAGACGGCCGACUCCGCGCUCACUACCCGAGGAUGACAUCAGCAACGGACUGUUGCCCGCCUCCGUUGAUCCCUGA